AUGGUUUCCGUCGCGGGCCUGCAGCUUAUCCCGCAGGGGUCCGCUUACGGCCUACUCAUCGGGCUGGGCGUCCUAUUCUGCGUCGUGAUCCUGGCCGCUGUCCGCAUCCAAAAGGCAUAUCUGGCCGAAGAUUCGGGCACUUCCGAGAUGUUCCUCGUGGCGAAUCGGAGCGUGGGCACCGGGCUGACGGCGUCUGCGGUGUUCUCCAGCUGGAUGUGGAUCAACGAGACGGUUAUGUGUGCAGCUAUGUGUUAUCGUUAUGGGCUGGCUGUUCCUCUGUGGUGGGGAUCUGGUCUCUGCUUUCAGAUUGCUUUGAUGGCUGCCCUAGGCGUGAUGGCAAAGAUUCGCGUACCGUAUGCUCAUACGUCGCUUGAAAUCAUCAAGCAGCGAUAUGGAAAGAUAGGGCACAGUGUCUUCAUCGUGAUGAAUCUUAUCAACAAUGUGUUUGGCUGCGCCAGUAUGAUCUUGACUGGCUCACAGCUUGUGUAUGGCGUCUCAGGCAUGCACUUUGUAGCGGCUUGCAUAAUCAUACCCUUUGGAGUUGUGCUGUAUACCGCUGUAGGUGGUCUGAAGGCCACAUUCCUCACUGACUUCCUUCACACCUUUGUCGCACUUAUCCUCAUCAUCUACUUCACCCUGUCGAUCCUUCAUCAUGAGGCCAUUGGCGGCUUGUAUGGCCUGUACGAUAAGGUCAUGGCCACAGCUUCCGAAAACUUGAUCCCAGGCAAUUACAAGGGAUCGCUCCUCACCAUGAAGUCUCGGGACGCCAUCAUCUGGGGGCUGGAUCUGAAGUUCGGAAACCUGGCUCUAGUUGUCAUGGACACGGCUUUCUGGCAAAAGUCAUUCGCAACAGAGGUCAACGCAACGGUGCCAGGGUACAAUCUCGCCGCGCUGGCCAUCUUCGGGAUUCCAUGGGGUCUUGGAACCGUCAUCGGUCUAGCAGCACGAGCAAUCCACAACACACCCGUCUUCCCGACCUUCCCAGGCGAGUUCACCGCUGCAGAGGUGAGCGCAGGAUUUGUGAUGCCGUACACCAUCCAGGCGUUGAUUGGGACCCAAGGAGUCAUUGCAUUCUUGGUGCUCGUCUUCAUGGCACUCACAAGCACAGUGUCGUCGUCCAUGAUCGCCGUCAGCAGUAUCCUCUCCUUUGACGUCUACAAGACAUACCUCAACCCCAGGGCCACCGACAAGAAGCUGGUCAAGGUGAGCCAUCUCACGGUCAUCAUACACGGCGUCUUCAUGUCGGGCAUCGCGAUCGCCCUGAACUACGGCGGCGCAAAUAUGACCUGGCUCGGCUACCUCAGGCCUGUCGUGAGCUGUCCCGGUAUCAUCCCCCUAGCCCUCACAUUAGGCUGGUCGCGGCAGACGAGGCUUGCAGCGAUCGUCUCCCCAGUCCUGGGCUUCUUCACCGGGCUCGGCAUCUGGCUCGGCACAGCUUACCACUUGUACGGCGCAGUGACCAUCGCGACGACACAUAAUCCCCUUCCAGCGCUGUAUGGGGCGAUAGGGUCGUUCUUCUCUCCCGCGCUGUACUCGGUGCUGAUAUCAUUGUACAAGCCGUCUAAGUUCGACUGGAGGGAGUUCCUGCGAAUCGAGCUCGCCGAUGAGGCGAUUCUGCACCGGGAGGAUGGGAAGCUGGCCUCGCCAUCGUCGGGAAGUGAUGAUGAGAAGAGGGUCAGUGACGGCGCUUUGAAGGCUGAUGGGUCUGAUCAUGCUGCUACUCUUACAAAGCCAGGGGCAGCGGACCAGCUUGCUCUCGACAAAGAGCAGAGAGUCAACAAAGGGUCGCCAGAGAUCUCAAACUCUCCCUCGCUCAUCAGCCUCGACGACGUUCAACACCCCUUCGACGAAGCGACGCUCCAAAAAUUGCGGCAAUGGGAGCGGAUCGCGUGGGUUUUCUUCGUCGUCAUCGUUCUGGUGACGUUUGUCGCUUGGCCGAUGCCACUGUACCGAGACUACAUAUUCACAAAGUCGUUCUUCAGUGGUUGGACAACAGUCGCUAUAAUUUGGCAGUUCUUUGCCUUUGGGGCAGUCGUCGUGUUCCCUGUUUGGGAUGGGCGGCAUGCAAUUGCAAAAGGUGCGCGGGGCGUUUGGAGGUCAAUCGGCUCGUCGUCUGCCAAAGCUCGGGCUUGA